CCGCGUGUCCCCACUCCCAGAACAGCUAAGCGAAUCUUGCGCGCGGGGAGGGGAGAUCGUAGCUUCUUUGGCCCCACCCCCAAGUAUGGAAUUUCAAAUAUUUGUUCGUUCCUGGGGUUGAACGGAACCGCGAGGGGUAGUUAAGUCACUGUGAGCUCUGGACCCGGUAUCCUUCUGGUGGCCAGGCCGUUUGCAGGAGGCGGGCCCUAAUUGGCAGAGUGGCCGCGGUCGGUGGAGUUAAGCGCUUAGCCACCCCCGGCCUAGGCACGAGCUCAGAACGCUGAACCCGCACCUCCGACCUGCAGUCGCCGCCGCCGCACGCCAUGGACCUCCGCCUCUGUCCCUGCCGCAAGGCCCUGCUUCCGAGUGGCCUCCUGUUUGAACUGCUGCUGUUGCUGCUGCUUGCGGACCCAGCGCUCCAGGCCCCACGUAACCCCCCAGUAGUGCUGGUGCCUGGUGAUUUGGGCAACCAGUUGGAAGCAAAGCUGGACAAGCCGACAGUAGUACACUACCUUUGUUCCAAGAGGACCGACAGCUACUUCACUCUCUGGUUAAACCUCGAACUGCUGCUGCCUAUCAUCAUUGACUGCUGGAUUGACAAUAUCAGGCUGAUUUACAACAGAACAUCCCGGGCCACCCAGUUUCCUGAUGGUGUGGAUGUGUGUGUCCCUGGUUUUGGGAAGACCUUCUCAUUGGAGUUCCUGGACCCUAGCAAAAGCAGUGUGGGUUCCUAUUUCCAUACCAUGGUGGAGAGCCUUGUGGGCUGGGGCUACACACAGGGUGAAGAUGUUUGAGGGGCCCCCUAUGACUGGCGCCGAGCGCCAAGUGAAAACGGGCCCUACUUCCUGGCCCUCCGAGAGAUGAUCGAGGAGAUGUACCAGCUGUAUGGGGGCCCUGUGGUACUGGUUGCCCACAGUAUGGGCAACAUGUACACACUCUACUUUCUGCAGCGGCAACCGCAGGCCUGGAAGGACAAGUAUAUCCAUGCCUUUGUGGCACUGGGAGCUCCCGGUGGGGGGGGGGGGGGGGGGAGGGGCGUGGCCAAGACCCUGCGCGUCCUGGCCUCAGGAGACAACAACCGUAUCCCUGUCCUUGGGCCUCUGAAGAUCUGGGAGCAGCAGCGGUCUGCAGUCUCCACCAGCUGGCUGCUGCCCUACAACCACACCUGGUCACCUGAGAAGGUGUUUGUACACACACCUACAACCAACUACACACUGCGGGAUUAUCACCGGUUCUUCCAGGACAUUGGUUUUGAAGAUGGCUGGCUCAUGCGGCAAGACACAGAGGGGCUGGUUGAAGCCAUGAUGCCACCUGGUGUGCAGCUACACUGCCUCUAUGGCACUGGUGUCCCCACACCAGACUCCUUCUACUAUGAGAACUUCCCUGAUCACGACCCUAAAAUCUGCUUUGGUGAUGGUGAUGGCACUGUGAACUUGGAGAGUGCCCUGCAGUGCCAGGCCUGGCACGGCCUCCAGGAGCACCAAGUGUCAUUGCAGGAGUUGCCAGGCAGUGAGCACAUUGAGAUGCUGGCCAAUGCCACCACCCUAGCCUAUCUGAAACGUGUACUCCUUGGGCCCUGAUUUCUGUGCUGGGCAGGGCUGCUGAAUGGCUUGGCCAUGGGGUUUUCCCCAGUCUCU